AUGAUUGAUACCACAACUGGGUAUGAGGCGACGUCUUUUAUUGAUGGUUCAUCCGGCUACAAUCAGAUCCGUAUGUCGCUAAAGGAUGAAGAGUUGACCGCAUUCCGCACUUCUAAGGGCAUUUAUAGAUACAAAGUAAUGCUUUUCGAUUUGAAGAACGCUAGAGCAACAUACCAAAGACCUAUGCAAAACAUCUUUGAUAACAUUCUUCACAAAAAUGUUGAAUGUUAUGUUGAUGAUUUAGUAGUGAAAUCAAGAAAACAGUGUGAUCACUUGCAAGACUUGAGAAUGGUGUUUGAUCUACUACGAAGUUAUCAACUUAGAAUGAAUCCUUUGAAAUGUGCGUUUGAAGUUACCUCUGGAAAAUUCCUUGGCUUUAUUGUACGACAUCGAGGAUUAGAAAUUGAUCAAGUAAAAGUAGAUGCAAUACUGAAAAUGGUACAGCCAAGAAACAUCCAUGAAUUGAAGAGUUUGCAAGGAAAGCUAACAUAUCUUAGGAGAUUCAUCUCGAAUCUAGCAAGAAAGUGCCAACCAUUCAGCCUCCUUAUGAAAAAGGGCAAUCUUUUCGAAUGGGACCAAGCUUGUAGUAAUGCCUUUGAGAGCAUCAAGUCUUACUUGACAAAACCAUUAGUUUUAGCAGCUCCUGUUCCUGGAAAGCCAUUGACACUUUAUAUAUCAGCUCAAGAAAGAUCAGUGGGAGCACUCUUAGCCCAAGAGAAUGGCAAAGAGAAAGAAAAUUCCCUUUACUACUUGAGUAGGAUGAUGACACCAAAUAAGUUGAAGUACUCGCCAAUCGAAAAGCUAUGUUUGGCAUUAGUCUUCUCAAUUCAGAAAAUGAAUCACUACUUUCAAGCUCACGUCGUCCGUCUUAUUUCUAAAGCCAACCCCAUCAAAUUUGCUGUGAAAGGGCAAGCAUUGACAGACUUCUUAGCAGACCACCCGAUACCUGAUGAUUGGGAACUCACUAAUAAAUUACCUGAUGAAAAUGCAAUGGCUGUUGAAGUUCAACCGCCUUGGAAGAUGUAUUUUGAUAGGGCGUCACAUCGCGAAAGAGCUGGCGCUAGGGUGAUAUUUGUCACUUCUCGAGAGGAGAUCUUGAAGUAUUCCUUCACCUUAACACAAUGUUGCUCCAAUAAUGUUGCAGAAUAUCAAGCCUUAAUACUUGGGCUUGAAAUGGCGGUUGAUAUGAAGCUAUUGCAAUUACAAGUUUUUGGAGACUCUGAAUUAGUGAUCAAUCAAUUAUUGGGUAGCUAUGAAGUCAAAAAGCCAGAAUUGCGUCUCUAUCAUGACUAUGCACAAAAAUUGAUUAGAUGGCUCGGAGAUGUAACUCUUCAACAUAUUCCAAGAAAUGAGAAUAAGAAAGUUGAUGCUUUAGCCGCUUUGGCUUCAACUUUAACUCUGUCUGAUCAAGCGCAAAUCACUAUCUGCCAAAAAUGGAUAGUACCACCGGAUGUGGAUGAAGAAAACAAAUUUGAACAUCUUGUAGUUGUCUCACAAGCUGAGAUAGUCGAUUGGAGACAUGACCUGAUUGAUUACUUAUGUUACAAUAUACUUCCAGAAGAUCCAAAGAGAAAGACUGAAAUUCGUCAUCGUGCUCCUAGGUUUCUUUACUACAAAGAUACUCUUUAUCGAAAAUCAUUCGAGGGAGUCCUCUUGCGUUGUUUGGGGGAAGAAGAAGCGAUUCAAGCUAUGCAAGAAACACAUUCUGGAGUUUGUGGAUCACAUCAAUCUGGGACCAAGUUACACUUUCAUAUAAAAAGAAUGGGGUAUUAUUGGCCAACAAUGGUAAAAGAUUGCUUGGAUUAUGCUCGAAGAUGUCAAGCAUGUCAAUUUCAUGCAAACUUUAUAUACCAACCUCCUGAUGUAUUACAUCCGACUGUUGCAUCUUGGCCAUUUGAUGCUUGGGGGCUAGACAUGGUUGGACCACUACCUAAAUCUUCUGGUGGUCACUUGUAUAUCUUGGCUGCGACAGAUUACUUCUCAAAAUGGGUUGAGGUUGUUGCCCUCAAAGAAGUAAAGAAGGAAAAUGUUGCAAACUUCAUCAGGGUGAACAUCAUCUAUCGUUUUGGCAUUCCUAAUUAUAUACUAACAGAUAAUGGAAAGCCAUUCACCAAUAAAUUGAUGGAUAAGAUCUGCGACCUUUUUGGCUUCAAGCAACUCCUUCCACUUGAACGACAAAUACCGUCAUUGAGGCUUUCCAUCCAAGAGGGACUUACUGAAGAAGAAAAUGCUUGUCUGCGCCUUGAAGAGUUAGAAUCUCUCGAUGAGAAAAGGUUGGAAGCUCAACAAAGUCUUGAGUGUUAUCAAACUCGUCUUUCUCGUGCUUUCAAUAAAAAGGUUUGCCUAAGGUCUUUCCAAGUCGGUGAUCAAGUCCUUGUGCUAAGAAGACCAAUUAUCAUAUCUCAUAAAUUGAAAAGCAAGUUCACAUCAAAAUGGGAUGGACCAUAUGUCAUUCAAGAAGUCUAUUCAAGCGGAGCUUACAAAAUUGUGGAUGUAGACGGCUUGCGGAUUGUUCCCAUCAAUGGAAAAUUCUUGAAGAAGUACUAUCCUUGA